CUGAAGGGCAGAGUGGCAGAGAUGGGCAGGGAGUGGAGCAUCAAAGGUCUGUUAGAGACGGGGGAUAAACAGUUACAGGUUCAAAGGGCUUUUUCCCGUUUGUUAGUUUUGGUUAGUCAUGAUGUUCCACACUCCGAUACAGUAGGUGGCGGCAUGCACCUUUAACGUUGGUUUGUAGUCCGCCAGUAAAAUCGAAGAAGAAGAAGCAAAAGAUAGCAGGUUCCUGUACCUGCUUCUUAUCUAUUGUUAGUGUCCUCGGAAGAAAUUACAGGAUGGCACAGUGGGGUGCCAUAUUCUCAAUAAUUGCUGCUCUUGGAGGAGCUGCGCUCUUAGCCUCCGUCCACAAGAUUGAUGAGGGACACACUGGAGUUUACUACAGGGGAGGGGCUCUCCUGACCACCACCAGCGGCCCUGGUUUCCAUCUUAUGCUUCCAUUCAUCACCACCUGCAAGUCUGUUCAGACGACACUGCAGACAGAUGAGGUGAAGAAUGUACCAUGCGGCACAAGUGGAGGAGUGAUGAUUUACUUUGACCGCAUAGAAGUAGUGAACUUCCUCAUUCCAUCCGCAGUGUAUGACAUAGUGAGGAACUUCACCGCAGACUAUGACAAAGCUUUGAUAUUCAACAAGGUUCACCAUGAGCUCAACCAGUUCUGCAGUGUUCACUCACUGCAGGAGGUCUACAUUGGCUUGUUUGACCAAAUCGAUGAAAACCUGAAGUUGACCCUACAAGAGGAUCUAACAUCCAUGGCUCCCGGACUUAUCAUACAGGCGGUCCGUGUCACUAAACCCAAUAUCCCAGAGAGCAUUCGCAGGAACUAUGAGCUCAUGGAGAGCGAGAAGACGAAGCUGCUGAUCUCUCAACAGACACAGAAGGUUGUGGAGAAGGAGGCAGAGACAGAAAGGAUCAAAGCUGUGAUAGAGGCUGAAAAAGUGGCACAAGUGGCAGAGAUCAAGUUUGAACAGAAAGUCAUGGAGAAGGAAACAGAAAAAAAGAUCUCUCAAAUCGAAGACGGCGCUUUCCUGGCCCGGCAGAAAGCCAAGGCAGACGCAGAGUUCUAUACAUCACAGAGAGCUGCUGAGGCCAAUAAGCUGAAGUUAACACCAGAGUACCUGCAGCUAAUGAAGUACAAGGCCAUCGCAGCCAACAGCAAAAUCUACUUUGGGAACGACAUACCCCAGAUGUUUGUGGACUCUGGCUCUGCAGGGAGCUCUAUCAAGGCCUCUGCAGCCAUGGACAUUAUUGGGGAGCAGAUCUUAGACCUGGAUUAGCAAGGAAAGUAGUGGGACCCACAGGACCACCCAGGGGUGGAGGACUAUCUGCUGGAGGCCAUCAGCCUGGCCCGCUGGCUGGCUGGCAGGUUCUUCCUCUGGCCUGGAGAAGCUCUGCUGACCAGGGCCCAUAUUUCUCAAACAUCUCAGAAUCACUACUAGAAAUCACAUUGAAAGUUUGACUAGGAUGUAAAAUUCUCCUACCUCACAGCAGAGGACUUGAGUUAUUUAUGAGGAGAGACUGAGAUUGUCUAGACUCAGUCAGUUAGGUGAAGAAAAACUAGAUAAAAUAGCUUCACCUGUGGGUGUAUAAUAAGCUCCUUUUUUAAAACUGUCAUUUAGCCAAAACAAUAAUUUGAAGGAAUUGGUCCUGUUGCUGCUCAACUCUUAUGGUCUCUGCAUCAAGUGCGCUCAGUCCAUUUAGCCACAACGUCAAGGAUCACAAAUCCAUUGCUACUUAUGUGUUAUCCAUUAAUUUGUACGUGUCCUCAUUGAGUGUUUGAAGCAGUGAUAUUUGCAACCUGUUGAUUCUAUAGAAGAAAAGGCAAAAAUGUUUUCUAAACAUGUUCCGUAGCGGGAAAGUUACUGAUUAUUCAUUUUGAUUAAGCUUUUAGGUGCAAUGAAUUCAAUCACAGUUGUGAACAACACAAAUAAGUUAUUUUAGCUACAUUGUCCUUGCUUCAUGAAUUGACCGUUCGCUAACCCCUGUCAUUAUUAGUUACUGUUGCUAUGCCUGUCAAGCUUUCAAUUCAGCUUUCCUUGAUUUCUCCUAUCUAGCCGGCGACCUUCAAGUUUGUUGGCUGAACUGACAACUGUCACUAGCAGAUUUUAUAAGCUCUAGCUAGCUAGCUAAUUAAGCUAACGCUAGCUCCAAAAGUUGGUUGAAAACACUAUCUCUAACUGCCUUUUUAAUGUUUCCAGCUGAUUCGUUUUAAAGUUAGCAUCCUCACCAGUUGAUGAUCCAUGUAGAAGACAUGGAAAUAAAGAAACAGCAUUGUUCUUGUUUUGCCGUGUGGAUGGAGCUAGUUAGCCAUGGUAUUUUAAGUAUGAGGAAAAAUGUCAGGUCAGACUGUUAUUUCGUUCUAACAUAAGCCUGUUUGGCUGCUGAGCUGACACAGUUUGAAAAUAAAACCAAAUAUAUAUGUUUUCACUUUUAAGUUAACAAGCUUUUAGGAUGAGGGCUAACAGAUUUACAAACAUUAAGCUAUCUCAGGUAACAUUGGCUGGGGUUGCUGGAGUGUAAACCUGCCUAAAUCCAUUACAGAGCUGCUAACGUUAGCCUAAACUCUGAUGGCAUCCGGGAGCGGCUUCCACACAGUGGAUGUGCUAGUCGUGAACAGGGCUUUUUAUUUAUCGUAACCUGAAACCACACAAAGCAAUGUAGUUUGUUAGUAAUAUGCUAACUGUUGUCCUUGGUAGUAACGCUAGGUUACUACUGUAGGUACUAAGCUAGUUAGCUGGACAUGCUAACAAUUGUAGCUUACAUUAGCACAGAUAAACACAAAAGUUUAUCCCUUCCUUACACUUUUGCUCUUGUGUUUGUAAUAAUCCUCCAUCCUCAAAACAUUUUAAAUGUAGAAUAUCACUCUUUCUACAGCCCAAGCCACACCACUUAAGGACUAUUGCGGUUCAAUGGAGGGGUUUAUAGCAAACGGUCAAUUGCAGCAACUAUUUGUGAAUGGAGCAGUUGUAUCCCAGGCAAAAAAUAAUUAUUCAAAAGACCUUUUUAAUCCAGUAAAUCAUGUUGUUAUCAGUGACAUGUUCUAAAUCCCCACAAACCCAGGGCAGGGAAGCUCAGCUAAAUCCUAAUGGACUUAGAAUGACUUGACAGGAUUAAGAAAGUUAUUAAAAUGUUGAUACUCUGCUGAAAAGAAGGACCAAAUAUGUGUCACUCUGAGGAUGGUAGGCCGUGAUUUCUUACUCUGAACUGCUUGAAAAAUACGGGCCCUGACCAGAUAUGUCGCUGUAGACAAAACACAGGGAUGAUGAAUGUACUGUGUGGUAGCUGCUGGCUGUCAGAUGUAAUAUCAUUUGUUUGUGUUUAUAUGUUUUUGUAAAAUUUCUUUUGAACACAGGGGACCUAUUGAAUAUUAAUUGAAUUUGUGCAACUGUAUGAAGUUGUACCCCAUUUUGCUGUGUGUGUAUAUAUAAGUAUCACUUUGUUUUUCACACUGUACAUUUAGUGGAGAAGACUAUAUUUGUGCUGUCAGUAUCUGUUUUGCAUUAGGAGUUUUAUUCAAAACAGUGCCCACUUUGAAAAGAUUAUGUUGGGUUAUGACACGAAAAACAGCUUCUGAACUCAAGGUUUUUGUAACUAAACUACAGACGUCACAUCAGCUUUCUCAAUUGACAAUUUUCAACUAUUUUUAAUAAUUGUAUGUAACCAUUUCAUGUUUGUCCUGUAAGAAUGUUUACAGGAUAUACACAGUGGUGACUUGCCCUGGAGGAGGUCGUAGGAACUGCAAAAUACAGGUUGACUGAACCAUAAAAAGCAGUUCGCUCUACUGAGGGACUCACUGUACAAAUAUUACCUAAAUUGUCUGUAGGAAUCAGUUAUUCUUUUUGAACGCCUCAGAAUCCUUUUUAUAGAAAUCUUCAUUUGAUCAGGACCAAAUACCAAACUCCACCUGUGUCACCUCCUGUGUUCUAUCUUAGACAAAGGAUUGAUUCAGUCAUCUAACCGUUUACAAAAUGUUUCGUUUGUUGCCCAGCAUUUUGUAGUUACUUCAACAGAGGGUUUGGGAUGAGGCACAGCACAGAAUGCGUGGGUAAUCGUUAAAGAACAAAUUAUGUUUUCCACGGAACCACUCGUUUCAUUAUCUAGUUUAGGAGGAAGAUAUGAAAGCAUGUUUAGGCACUGAUUUGGGGAACUUGGCAUGGUUUUUGUUAUUGGUUGAGCAGAGACGGUGACACAAUGAGAAAAUAUUUCUGUAGUGCCAACGCUAAAUGGCUUGUGUCCUGAAUUCACCUUAACUCUAUACAACUUCCAUUUAUCAUAUGUUAUGUGUUAGUGGCACUGCUCUCUGUUGUUGUCUAGAGUUGGUCCAGUUAGCUCUCAAAGUGACUUCCAGUUGUCAUUUUAAUAAGAAUUUCUCUGACUAAUUGAGACUUGCAAUGGUUUGAAAGGCAAAUGUCUUUGCACUGAUUUCAGUUGUGAAUGUGCAAUCAAGAUAUUGUCAAAUGACAAUAAAGUACUGUGGGUUGAUUUUUAAGGAGACUUUACAUUGCGAGUCCAAUGUGAUGUAUAGGAUGUUUGUGUUUGAAACACACUUCUAUUAAUAACAAUCAAAUGUAUCAAAACAAGUGUUAAUUGCAUAUUAUAUUUAAAAAGUUGAAAAAAGUACUUUUUGAGUAAUAACUAUACCAUAAUGAAAGCUUCCUACAGCUUGCAUUUCUCAUCACAAAUCCAUUUAACAAACUUUAAUUUUAGCCAUAAAUAUGAGUUCCUUUAUCCAGGUUGUAAAGGAGAGCGUACCAGUGUCAUUACAAAGCAUGGCAGUGUGAAGUACUCCAAUCACAUUAUAGACAUUAAAUAUGAAAGAUACUUAAAUUGUGAGACUGAACCCCUUAAUAUUAUGGUUACAUAACAUGUUAGGGUGGCCCCAGUUCACAGAUUUGGCUAGUUCUUUAUUUAAGGAGGAAGAUAUGCAGGCAUGUAAUGACACUGCUACUACUCUACAAAAUGCUGGGCAACAUGUCUGUGUUAAUUUCCAUUUGACACAGAUCUUUUCAAGAAACUUAAGUUCUGAUAUUGAUAAUACUGUUACUGAUAUUGUUAAUUUGGGUAGUUGAGUUUUACAAUACGCUUUACAAUAAGACACAAAAUCCUGAGUAGUUACUAAGGCACAAGGGAUGAACGAAUCAGGAAUGACCUGAAUAACCCUGAAUAACUCUGAUGAUGGUGACUAAUGAUGAGUGACUGGGAACAUACUGGGAGAUACUAUAUGAAUGUAUCAUUGUGUAACGAUUACAUCAUAUCUGGGAACUUGCAGUCUGACAACUUUCUUCAUGAGUCGUUCCUAAUUAACCGAACCAGCCGAACAGAAAUUGAAUAUGUAUAAGUAUGUUUUCAUUAGUGUAUAAUCACCUGAAAAUAAGAAUUGUUGUAUUUUCAUUACCUUAAAAUAAGCCGUUUUUAUCUAUACGGGGAGCGGGUCCCCUUCCACUGAGGUUGCCAUGUUGCACCGCCAUGUUUCUACAGUAGCCCAAAAACGACAAACCCAUCACUGGCUCUAGAUAGGACCUUUUAUGUUUUUCGUGACCACCGUAGUUUCUCCUACACACCUGGAAGGGUGUGGCGAGCGGUAUUCAAAUGGUUGCAAACUGCAAUUUCACUGCUAGAUGCCACUAAAUCCUACACACUGCUCCUCACAGAUGAUUAAGUAAUAAUGCAGGAUCUGCCUUAGUUGACAUUGUUCUUUGGUGGCACAAAUUCCAUCCCAUGCAAAUGUGCUGUUUAUCAAAUGAGGUACAGUCAGCUGACUCGGAGUUACUGUGGGGCCUUGGGACAUUUGCCCACAUCACCUGGUUCGUCAUCCAGCCUUGACUGAAAUAAAGACUGUAGAUAAUA